AUGCAUUUAGACCGUCCGCCGACUUUUAUGAGACAAUUCCUCCAUGAGCUUGAUGUACUAGUUAUCAAUACGAGAAACUAUUGGAAUAAAGGAAAGUUCAAGAAAAAUCGUAGGCAAAUUUAUGUAAAUGGAAAGCCUAAUGAAGAUGGAAAACUAGCAAGAAUACCGAUGCCAAGAACUUUACAAUUCACGGUAUUGUUAAGUGGCUUGAUUCACAAAUUUCCUUGCACCCUCGACUUAAAGUUUUCUUUAGGACUAUUGCUCCGAGUAAUUUCAAUAGUGGAGAAUGGAAUACCUGGAGGAAGCUGCGAUAAUAUUAUUCCAUUGACCGGAGGGAGUGAAGUUUUACAAGAUGGAUCAAGUGAUGAAGAUGUUGAAAGUGUUAUCCAUGGUACAAGAGUGAAAAUUUUGGACAUAACUGCUCUCUCCAAAUUGAGAGAUGAAGGUCACACAUCACAUUAUAAUACGAAGGCAAGCAAGGGUAUAAAUGACUCGCUUGCAUUGGUGUUUGCCUAG